GAUUUGAUAUAACUUUUUGGAGGAGUCCACUCCUGAAGUCCAGGAAAAAAGAUGGGAGAUGAAAUGGAUCACAAGAUGAAAGAUGAAGAAGUCAAGGAAAAUAUGGAAGAUGCCAAAAUAACGUCUGUUAUAAAAGACACGUUUGAUGACAAGAUAACAUAUGAAGAAAUCAAGGAAAAAAUGGGAGAUGAAGUGGAGGACAAGAUAAAAUAUGAAGAAGUCCAGGAAAAGAUGGGAGAUGAAGUGGAGGACAAGAUAAAAUAUGAAGAAGUCCAGGUAAAGAUGGGACAUGAAGUGGAGGACAAGAUAACAUAUGAAGAAGUCCAGGUAAAGAUGGGACAUGAAGUGGAGGACAAGAUAACAUAUGAAGAAGUCCAGGAAAAGAUGGGACAUGAAGUGAAGGACAAGAUAACAUAUGAAGAAGUCCAGGUAAAUAUGGGAGAUGCCAAAAUAACCUCUGUUAUAAAAGACACGUUUGAUGACAAGAUAAAAGAUGAAGGACUCAAGGAAAACAAAGAAAACCAGGAACCUCAGGAGGAAAUGAAGAAACAGCAAUGGCCACGCAUGACCAAGAAGUUCCUGAGAGACCACUGUAAGCAGCUCAAACUCUACUGCACACCUCACCUGAAUGACACCCUGUACCUGCACUACAAAGGCUUCUCCACCAUCGAGAACCUGGAGGAGUACACAGGUCUGAAGUGUCUCUGGCUGGAGAGCAAUGGGCUUCACCGCAUCCAGAACCUGGACGCCCAGGCAGACCUGCGCUGCUUGUUCCUCCACCAGAACAUCCUAGAAAAGCUGGAGAACCUUGACCCUCUGGUGAAGCUCUGCACCCUGAAUGUCUCCAACAACUUCAUAAGCACCAUAGAGAACCUCUCCUGCCUCCCUGAGCUGAGCACUCUGCAGAUAGCCCAUAAUAAGCUGGAGACCGCGGAGGACAUCGAGCAUCUGAGACAGUGUUGUGCAAUCAGUGUGCUGGACUUGUCCCACAAUCUGCUCCAGGACCCUGAGAUCCUGCUGGUGCUCGAGGCCAUGCCAGAACUCAGAGUGCUGGAUCUGAUAGGAAACGAGGUGGUGAGAAGAAUCCCAAACUACAGGAAGACCAUGAUCGUGCGUCUGAAGCAGCUCACCUUCCUGGAUGAGCGCCCCGUGUUCCCCAAAGACAGGGCCUGUGCAGAGGCCUGGGCUGUGGGGGGGGUGGAAGGGGAGAGUAAAGAGAGGGAGCAGUGGGAGACACGGGAGAGGAGGAAGAUGCAGGACAGCUUCGAUGCCAUGACAGAGAUCAGAGACAGGGCUCUGGAGAGAAAACGCCUGCGAGAGCUGAAGGAGAAAGGGUUGACUGAGGGUUCCACCUCUCCAGAGACUAGUGAGGAUAAUGAAACCCAGGUUGUGACUCCAUCAAAAGAAGGGCUGAUCGAGUCAUUUGUGCAGGACUGCCUGGAUGUUCACGAAGAGUUCUUGCAGAGUGAAUCCACACAGGGGUCCGAUGUACAUCAGCCAAACUGUGAACAUCUGGAAGAAGUUGAAGGUCUACAGAGGGAGAAGUUAGAGGAAGAUGACCUGGAUAAAUCUGUGACGGAAGAGAAAGAGAAUCCAGAGCAGGAAAACAUGAUUGAGCAGUUUGGAGAGAAGCAGCUGUCUCCGGUUGAAGAUGCUCUACCACCACAUGGUCCAGGACCGCUGGUUACAGAGCUGGAGGAUGACGAGCAGCUGGAGACCAUUCACCUUCGUCUGCAGCGCUCACUGCGCAUCGACGACCUGCCUGACCUGGAGGACGUGGACACAGAGGACUACACUGCGAUGUUCUCAUCUCAGCAAGCUUACAGACCUAAGAUAGAAGUCGUAUCAGGAAGCAGUGAGGAGGAGGAAUCCACGGAGAGCGACAGCGAUAACGGCCCCAGCUUCGGUCAGGAUGAAAUGGCAUCGUUCUUAAAGAGCGGAUCCUCUGAGGUCUCCAACAGUUCCUAUGCUUUAGUGUAUCCAGGAGAUGGGGCAAUACAUUCUGAGCCAGUGCUGAAGAUCAAACCAAAGCAAAUCCCCUCUCCACCUCGCUGCCUGAUUGAGGAGCUGGAAUGAUGCUAAUGAUGAUGCUACGUAUGCUAAUAAGCCGAGUGAGACCAAAAAGAGCCCAAUCAGGGCACAGUUUUAACUUUAAGAAUCAAUAUUUAGCUGUUGUUGUAUUUAAUGUGAUUCAUUGUCUCGCUUAUUUUUGUUUAAACAUUUCAAAGACAGUUUGUUCCUACGGUUGUUAAUUGUAUCGCUGUGAACACAGAAUAAAGUUUACAUUAUUAAACGU